AUGGGCUUUCUUUCAGAUCUCCGGCUGGACUCUCAGAUUGGGAGGGUAGAUGAAACGGCGAAAUUGGCUUUAUGCGCUGGUUUUAGCAAGGAGACAGCUUUGACUGGAGAGAGUUUCGACAGCGCGCAAGCUUCGGACACCGCCUUCAAGAGAUGCUCUCACGAAAAGGAUCAAAAAGACUCUGGACGACACGGCCUCAGUCACAGAAGCCUCACACAUUCCUUCCAAAAAGGCGCAGCGACCACUGCCAUUUGCCCUGGAACCGACCCUACCAACCAAGCUUCGGACACCGCCUUCAAGAGAUGCUCUCACGAAAAGGAUCAAGAAGACUCUGGACGACACGGCCUCAUCCACAGACGCCUCACACAUUCCUUCCAAAAAUGCGCAGCGACCACUGCCAUUUGCCCUGGAGCCGACCCUGCCAACGUUAUGCGCGCAUGCAGAUAG